CGAGCGUUGACUGAAGAUUAGUAUACCUCGAGUUAACUAUGGGUAACCGAACGGAAUAACCUCACAAUACUUCAGCUCGAAUGUGUUCGCAAUACACGUGUUUACAUCUAUCGUAAUAGCGUGAGUAUAUCAGUGUAAAAGAACGUCUGUCUUGUUUUACAUACUAUUAAAUUUAACUCAAGUCAAUAACAAUGAGUGACUCAGACAAUGAACAUGGAUUACCAUCGCGUAUGGGUCCAGUAGAUGACGCGUGGUCUUUGAAAGUCCCAGAAUUUAAACAAAAGGAUAACCCUCAUCGUCUUUUAGAAGAGAGUUCGUUUGCAACGUUGUUCCCAAAAUAUAGAGAACAGUACUUGAAACAAUGCUGGCCGCUAGUCCAAAAGGCCUUCACUGAACAUGGAAUUAAGGCGGAAUUAGAUCUUAUUGAAGGUAGCAUGACUGUUAAAACGACACGUGCAACCUGGGAUCCCUACAUCAUCAUCAAAGCAAGAGAUAUGAUAAAACUGAUGUCUAGAUCAGUGCCCUUUGAACAAGCAGUCAGAGUAUUACAAGAUGAGAUUGGUGCAGACAUAAUUAAAAUCUCAUCUCUCGUCAGAAAUAAAGAAAAAUUUGUUAAGCGUAGACAACGGCUCAUUGGGCCCAAUGGAUGCACAUUGAAGUCAAUCGAGUUGUUGACGAAUUGUUAUGUAUUGGUUCAAGGGCAAACUGUCGCGGCUUUAGGACCCUACAAAGGAUUGCAACAAGUUCGUCGAAUUUGUGAAGAUACAAUGAAGAACAUUCAUCCCAUUUAUAACAUCAAGGCUUUGAUGAUUAAAAGAGAACUGGCUAAGGACCCAAAAUUGAAAAACGAAAAUUGGGAGAGGUUUUUGCCUAAAUUCAGUAGUAAAAAUGUCAGCAAGAGAAAACAGCCCAAAAAUAAAAAGACUAAGAAGGAAUAUACUCCCUUUCCACCUGCUCAGACAGAAAGCAAAAUUGACAAGCAGCUUGCUUCUGGAGAAUUCUUUCUCAAAGAAGAACAAAAACAGGCUAAGAAACGCAAAGAGCAAGAAACAAGACAUGAGGAGGCAGCAAAGAAGAGAGUUGAAAAAAGAGCACAGGCAUUUGUUGCUCCUGAGGAAAAACCACAACUCAAAAAGACUGGCCAAAGAAAUGAUAUCAAUAUUGAAGAGUUUAAAAGAAAAGUUAAAACAGGGUUCAAAAAACGUGAGGCUGCUAUUUAACUGUUAUAUGAUUUUUGUCCAAAUGUUAAGAUUAAACAUUGAAUUCUACCGACAUUUACUGGCAAGUAGUGUAGUGUACAUACAUUUCCAUUUGGCAUGUGGACUGAGUUUCAUUGCUAGUGGCAAUAAUAAAAGAAAUUGUUGGAAAACAUCCUGAUUUUAUUAAAAAAAAUUUUUUCUAUAUUAUAAUUAGCAUAUUUUUUGUUUUUCUCAAUAUACAUUCAUCAUUAUAAUACAAUACAAAGUGUGGAGUAAUACAUAAAACACUAGCGUAUGAUUUAUUUGUUGGGUAGAAAUUCACAACUGAAUGAUGACACCAGCCGUUUGUUGGAUAUCUGGCCUUCCAAUUUUUCUAAAAAAUUGUAGCGGAUGAAUCACUUGAAAUUUUGUUUUAUUAUUGUCAAUCUACUCAUUCGUUUUAUUUGAUUUACUGUGUUGAAAUUUCCUAGUCUAGUGCUCAAUUUGUUGAGUGAUUUCUAUUUCAGUUUUGACCGGUGUAAUCUUUCAUUUAUAGUCCAUCACUAUUAUUUCCUUACUUGAUAUCAAAUAGAUAGCCAUUCAAAUGGACUGGUUACAUGAAUUUUAUCAUUGACUGUCAACUUUCUAUUAUAAGAUUAUUUCGUGUUACAGUUUUUCAUCUUACAUUCUAAAGUUGCGGAAGUACGAGGUCUUUUUUUUGCUUUAUUCUUUGUGUAAUGUAUUCAUAUAAUGUGAAUAAUAAUAUAACUAUUAUGUACAGCAGUUGAUUACGA